UUGCGUACACACACAAUCCAUAUAAUCCUUUUUCAGUGUUCAAAGCCAAAGACCUUUCUUUCUCUUUCGCCCUUUGCUUUUUCAGCUCCCUUCUUCUUCUAUAUGAAAUUGAAACCCACACCCAACCCGGACCCAGACCCAGACCUCUCCUACAUCUACUCCUUCCUCCACUCCUCUCUCCACCACCAAAUGAACAAUGAUACCGCCAAGAAACGCCGUCGUAAGACCGCCGCCGCCGCCGCCGACGACGACGGCCCGCCGGGAAAGCAAGGCAAGAUGAAGGACCUGAAGGGGAUCAUCACCACCCUGUCGCUGCUGGAGCAGCAGGAGAAGGAGGACCUCGACCGGGCCUCAAAUGACGACAAGUCGUUUGCCGAAGAGAAGCAGAAGCAGACGACGAAGACCAAGGCCAUGGUGGAGUACUACUCCGAUUUGCAGGGCUACUACUCGGACGUCGAGGAGUCCGAGACCGUGAAGCGCAAGAAGUCGAGAAACGCGGCGACCGCUGCCGUUGCUGCCGCGGCGGCGGCGGCCUCCGAAAAGGGCGCGAAACCCGGAGGAAGCGGGUCGGGUCACCAGCGGAGGCUUUGGGUCAAGGACCGGUCCAAGGCCUGGUGGGACGAGUGUAACCAACCCGAUUUCCCGGAAGAGGACUUCAAAAAAGCCUUCCGGAUGGGGAAGGCCACGUUCGAUUUGAUCUGCGACGAGCUCAAUUCGGCUAUAGCGAAAGAGGACACCACUCUCCGGAAUGCAAUUCCGGUCCGGCAGAGAGUCGCCGUCUGUUUGUGGAGGUUAGCUACCGGCGACCCGCUCCGGCUCGUUUCGAAGCGAUUCGGGUUAGGGAUAUCGACUUGUCAUAAGCUAGUACUCGAAGUCUGCUCAGCGAUUAGGACUGUGUUGAUGCCCAAGUACUUGAAUUGGCCGGAGGAUGGUGUUUUGCGGAAGGUGAAGGACGAGUUCGAAUCGUUUUCGGGUAUACCUAAUGUUGUAGGGUCUAUGUACACCACUCAUAUUCCGAUCAUAGCUCCGAAGAUUAGUGUGGCAGCUUAUUUUAACAAGAGGCAUACAGAGAGGAACCAGAAGACUAGCUACUCCAUCACUGUGCAAGGUGUGGUGAAUCCGAAAGGGGUGUUCACUGAUGUGUGUAUAGGGUGGCCUGGUUCAAUGCCGGAUGAUCAGGUUCUGGAGAAGUCGGCUUUGCAUCAGAGGGCCGGGAAUGGUUUGCUUAAAGGUGUGUGGAUUGUGGGGGGUUCGGGGUACCCUUUGCUGGACUGGGUGCUGGUGCCGUAUACUCAGCAGCAUCUUACUUGGACGCAGCAUGCGUUCAAUGAGAAGAUUGGGGAGAUUCAGAAUGUGUCGAAAGAUGCGUUUGCGAGGUUGAAAGGGAGGUGGUUGUGCUUGCAGAAGAGGACGGAGGUGAAGCUCCAGGACUUGCCUGUGGUUCUUGGGGCUUGCUGUGUGCUGCACAACAUAUGCGAGCUGAGGAAUGAGGAAAUCGACCCCGAGCUGAGGUUUGAGCUUGUGGAUGAUGAGAUGGUUCCGGAGGUUGCUUUGAGAUCACAAAGCUCAAUGAAGGCGAGGGAUUCCAUUGCUCAUAAUCUUUUGCAUCAUGGCCUUGCAGGCACUUCUUUUCUCUAGGCUUCUUUCUAUUCUUUUUUGCUUACUAAUUAGUUGUAACGUUGUAGAAGUCAUUCCUCCUUAUUUGUGAUUUGUGUAAAGGGGCUCUGUAAAACAUAGAUAUUCUUCCCUUCCACAAUUGGAUGAUUGUAAUCUUUAUAGGGUAAGUUAUACAUGAUCAAGAUCAAACAUUGUAACCUAUGAUCCAUACUUCAGUUACCAAAUAAGAGAUGAAUGAAAUUGAUAUUCUUUUGCUUCA